AUUAUGGUGUGACACCGACAAGUAGGGCCUGUGGAGAUGUUUAGCUGCGGAGCGAGGAGGAGGUGCAGCAUUUUUGUGGAGGGUAAUAACUGCAAAAUGUACAGGUUUCUUUCUGCUGAGAGGAGGGAGGAUUUUGGCUCCACACACACACACACACACACACACAGUCCCUCCACCCUGAUGGCAUCCCGCCCCACCAUCACCACCUCCUCCUCCUCCCUCUGAGACGUGUCUGGAGCUGGUUCCUCACUGAGGAGCAGCAGGAUCAUGGAGGCGCAUCACGCUGCAGGUCUCAGAGCCUUCAGCUCAGCACACAUCAGGCUGAAGCUGCUUUAAAACACAACGAGGACUCCUAGUUUGUUUUCAUGCUUAGAUCACGCGGGCCUGAGGACCUAGUUGUGUUUGCUGGAUAUGGACCUGUUUGUUGCGCCACAGAUGCGUCUUUCAGGAGCCUUGGCGCAGCCGCUGCGCUGCCUCGGUUAAAAUCGACGCAGCUCAGAAGUUUUUUUUUUUCGUCUGGAGGAUUCGCGACAUGGGCUGAGCUCCUGUCAGGACUCUGCUCUCCUGAAACCUGCCGACAUACGCGAGGAUGGACGACCGGAGGGAAAGAUAACUUUGUUGCGAAUUGCACCUUUUUUACUGCAGAAUGCGCGCGCACUCAGAAAGAUUUUGACGCAACAGUUUGACUGAGGAAAUCAUUUUCUCUGAGUUUUCAGUGAUUUAUGGAUUUUUACAUUCAGUAACUUAAAUCUUAAAACAAUGAUUCGUUUCAUGUCCUUGUUUUGUCCAUGUUGGUAGGUGGAUGAAAGGGUUUCAAAUUAAUCAAAAGUAGAGGUUAGCAGAAAGACAAGAAGACAUGUUUUUAUUUCCACUGGUUGGUUUUUAUGAGUGAUUAGAAGUGGGCAUUUACAGGCGCAAACCUCAGAGCGGCUUUUUGAACCACUUUGCGCGCACGUUUCUUUGCGUUUUUAUUUAUUUUUUUAUUUUUAAGAGUUUUCAGCAGAUCCUCUCCUCAGUCCUGUCAGACCAUGUGGCUCCUCUGCCUCCCGCUGCUGCUGCUGCUCCGGUUCUCCGGCGUCCCGCUGGUGGAGGGGAUCAACACGUGCCAGUCCAUCAACCUGGAGGCGCAGAAGUCGCGGCGCAUCGAGGCGGUGCGCGGCCAGAUCCUCAGCAAGCUGCGGAUCCGCAGCCCCCCGGACGACGACGACGACGACGACCCGCCGCCCGGCUCCGUGCCCCCCGAGGUCAUGCUGCUCUACAACAGCACGCGGGAGCUGCUGAAGGAGCGCGCGCGCCUCGCCGAGUCCGCGUGCGAGCGCGAGAGCAGCGAGGAGGACUACUACGCCAAGGAGGUGCAGAGGAUCGACAUGUUGCCCCAGCGCACGGACUCAAACGCUGUGCAGCCUGCAGCACCCAACGCUCAUUACAGAGUCGUCCACUUCGACGUCAACGAGGUGGACCUGAUCAACAGCACGCUGGUCAAGGCCGAGUUCAGGAUCUUCAGAGCCCCCAACCCGCAGGCCCGGGCCACGGAGCAGAGAGUGGAGCUCUAUCAGCUGCUCAGACCAGAGGAAGACAGCACCUCCACUCAGCGCUACAUCGACUCCCGCACCGUUCAGCCAAGAGCCAAGGGAGUCUGGAUCUCUGUGGACGUCACAGAAACUGUUAAAGACUGGGUGUCUGAUCCAGAGAACAACCUUGGCCUGAAGCUUGGCGUCCACUGUCCCUGCUGCACUUUUGUCCCGUCCACCAACAACAUCGUCCCCAACAAAAGUGAGGAGCUGGAGGCGCUGUUUGCUGGUGUGGACGAUGAGCGUCUUCGUCAGCUGAGGAAGCCAGGUCAGGUUAAAGGCCAAUCAGAUUUCAGCACCAAGACGCCACACCUCAUCCUCACCCUGCUGCCCAGUGACAGAGUGGACAACCCGGCCAGGAAGAACCGAAAGAAGAGGGCUGCCGCCACAGACACCACAACCUGCUCCCGUGGCUCAGAUCAGGGCUGCUGCCUGCGCUCGCUGUACAUCGACUUCAGGCGUGACCUCAACUGGAAGUGGAUCCACGAGCCAAAAGGGUACAAAGCCAAUUUCUGCGCCGGCAACUGUCCAUACCUCUGGAGUGUCAACAACCACUACAACAUGAUCCUGCCCCUGUACAACAAGCUGAACCCCGAGGCCUCGGCGACGCCCUGCUGUGUUCCUCAGGACCUGGAGCCCCUCACCAUCAUGUACUUCAUCGGCCGCACGCCUCGUGUGGAGCAGCUCUCCAACAUGGUCGUCAAAUCCUGCAAGUGCCGCUGAGGGGAGCCGAGGAGGACUCUUCGGGAGCGAAACAAAGCAAACUGCUUCUCUAAGAUGGAGCCUCUCUCUGCUCCGUUUGGUUGGGACGAGUCAGGAUUUUAUUCUUCACAGUCAUGAAAGCUUCUCUGUUUUUAUUUUCUGGAAUUUUCCAUUCGAUAUAGGACACUGUAAAUAUGAUGACGUAGCUUUAUUAAACCAGUGCUUUUGAGUAUUAAAGCUUGAAAAACAAAAAAGCCCCAUCUGGUGUGUCGGAUCCGACUCUGCCGUGACAAUCAUCCUGCAGCGGGGCGGGCCAGACAUGUUUGUUUUAGGUUGAGGGAGGUGUUGAUUUGAAGGAGGCAGCGGGGCAGAUUGCACAUUCAGACAUGAAGGAGGCAGAUAGAGCAGGGAGGCAGCAGCCGUGUCCGGGCAGAGGGCCCCUGCCAGCUCUCUGCGGUCCCCGGGGCUGAAAUCUGCCCGCCGUAAACAGGAUGUGAAAGGUUUCCAGACACCGACCCGACCACUCACAGAAUGCCAGAUUUAAACACUCCCCUCGUCUCCUCUCUCGCUCCCGCUGCCUGUUACUCGAGGUUCUGGGAUUUGUGGUGGGAGGAGGAGAGAGAGGCUUUGAAAACGAGACGUGGGAUGGAUGAUAGGGCUCGAUUUGGAACAGCUACACGUUUGGAAGGUGGUAUUUUGCAGCACUGGCAAAUUUGUAACUGUUUGGGUCUGGCUCAUGCCACAUCAUUAUAUAAUCACACUUUUGGGCUCUUUCUCUCUUAUCUCCAUAUGCGUUCAUUAACUUAUUGUAAAGAGCUGUUGACCCAUUGCUCAUGAUUAUAUUCGGCCAUACCUGUGUUUACCACUGAUGCAGAGUCUUUCUACACCCAGCUGUCUACACAGACCACUUUUGAUAGAACAUCUAAACCCUGGAAAUAAAAAACAUCCCUCAUUUUAAAUAUAGGCUCUCUGGUAUGCCAGUGGUUUGUGUGUGAGAGGGAGACAGAGAGCAAUGGGGUGUGUUUUAUAAAUGUGUGUGUGUGUGUGUCGGGUGAGGUCAUGCAUGAUGAGACAGAAAUGAUUUAAGUUUUAUUGUGAGUUUUAUUGUAAUUGUAUAUAAAACAUGUUGGCAGGAGAUGUUGUCUUUGUGACCCGUCUCUAAAAGUAAGAUGUUUUUUUUUCUUUUUUCUUUUCGUGUAAGUAUGGGUGUGUGUGAUUAUAAAAACCUGAGUGACAAUAAAGUUUUAGUACAACA